GGGGGAGGCGGGGCAUCCGGGUCGCUCUGCAGUGGCUCCUGCCUGCGGGGCUCUCAGCCGAUCCCGGCCCCGGCCGGACUGGAAGGUGUGAAUUAAGAACUUCAAUAAUGGAGUUAGCUCACAGCUUAUUGCUAAAUGAAGAAGCGUUGGCUCAAAUCACCGAAGCAAAGAGACCAGUGUUUAUCUUUGAAUGGUUAAGAUUUCUUGAUAAAGUCCUAGUCGCUGCCAACAAGACAGAUGUAAAAGAAAAACAGAAAAAGCUUGUUGAACAGUUAACUGGAUUAAUCAGCAGCUCACCUGGACCACCUACUCGAAAGUUGUUAGCUAAGAACCUUGCAGCCCUGUACAGCAUUGGGGAUCCGUACACGGUUUUUCAGACACUAGAUAAGUGUAAUGACAUUAUCAGAAGUAAGGACGACACCGCAGCCUACCUUCCAACAAAACUGGCAGCGGUGGCUUGUGUUGGAGCGUUUUAUGAGAAGAUGGGAAGGAUGUUGGGCAGUGCGUUUCCAGAAACAGUGAACAAUCUGUUGAAAUCUCUGAAGAGUGCAGAGUCUCAAGGGCGAAGUGAGAUCUUAAUGAGUCUGCAGAAAGUGCUGACUGGAUUGGGUGGUGCAGCAGCGUCCUCUCACCGUGACAUUUACAAGAAUGCUCGAUCCCUCCUCACCGACAGGUCGAUGGCUGUCCGAUGUGCAGUGGCCAAGUGUCUUCUGGAACUACAGAAUGAGGCCGUGUUCAUGUGGACUGCUGAACUAGAAAACAUAGCUACCCUCUGCUUUAAGGCUCUGGAAAACUCAAAUUAUGGGGUCCGGGUUGCAGUGUCUAAACUUCUAGGCACAGUCAUGGCCACGGCACUGAUGCCGAAACAGGCAACAGUUAUGCGUCAGAAUGUGAAGCGAGCAACGUUUGAUGAGGUUUUAGAGCUCAUGGCCACAGGAUUUCUGCGUGGAGGGUCCGGCUUCCUCAAGAGUGGUGGAGAGAUGUUGAAAGUCGGAGGGUCUGUUAACCGUGAAGUGAGAGUCGGGGUGACCCAGGCCUACGUGGUUUUCGUGACGACACUGGGGGGGCAGUGGCUGGAGCGGAGCUUUGCCACGUUUUUGUCACAUGUGCUCGAUCUGGUUUCCCACCCUCGAGCGACACAAACACACGUGGACGCUGUGUACUCAAGGCGAUGCGUCUCCUUCAUCCUGAGAGCCACUGUGGGCAGUUUGCUGGGGGAGAAAGCCCAGAUUGCAGCUGCCAAGGAGAUCUGCCAGGCUAUCGGGAAACAGAUGAAAGCCGUGGAAGCUGUAGUGAAUGAUACAAGUAGUGAGAACAAAUCUGGAGCCGCGGACAUUGCAGCAAGCCAGCACGUCAUGGUCUGUGCCCUCCAGGAGCUCGGAAGCCUGGUGCAGAGCCUGAAUGCCACCGCCUCUCCUCUUAUUCAGGAAGCUUCCAUAGGACUUUUGGAGAUUGUAACUUCCGUGCUCCUUCACCCAAGCAUGGCUGCUCGGCUUGCCGCCGCAUGGUGUCUGCGUUGUGUGGCUGUGGCAUUGCCCUUCCAGGUGACACCGUUUCUAGAUAGGUGUGCAGAACGGCUCAACAACCUCAAGACUUCACCAGAAGCCGUCAGUGGAUACAGUUUUGCAAUGGCCGCUUUGUUGGGUGGAGUGCAUCAGUGUCCUUUGGGCAUUCCUCAUGCCAAAGGAAAGAUGGUAGUCAGUAUUGCUGAAGACCUGUUACGGACUGCUGCCCAGAACAGCAGGCUGUCUCUACAGCGCACCCAAGCUGGCUGGCUUCUGCUUGGAGCACUCAUGACUUUAGGACCGUCUGUUGUUCGUUACCAUCUACCCAAGAUGUUGCUAUUGUGGCGAAACGUGUUCCCACGUUCCUUAAAGGAAUUGGAGGCUGAGAAGGCCCGAGGAGAUUCUUUUACCUGGCAGGUAACUCUGGAAGGUCGUGCUGGAGCUUUAUGUGCCAUGAGGAGCUUUGUUGCACAUUGUCCUGAGCUCUUAACUGAGGAUGCAAUUAGGAAAUUAAUGACUCCUAUCGAAUGUGCCAUGACCAUGAUGUCACACAUUCCAUCUGUAAUUAAGGCCCACGGAGCCCACCUGAAAGCUAGUGCCGCCAUGGUCCGGUUAAGACUUUACGAUAUCUUGGCUUUGUUACCUCCAAAAACUUACGAAGGGUCGUUCAAUGCCCUUCUCCGAGAACUGGUAGCAGAAUUCACUCUGACGGACAACUCAGCCAACACAACUACCUCGCUGCUCCGGUCCCUCUGCCAUUACGAUGACAGCGUGCUGCUGGGUUCCUGGCUUCAGGAAACGGAUCACAAGUCCAUUGAAGACCAGCUCCAGCCGAACAGUGCUUCCGGAAGUGGGGCCCUGGAACACGACCCUUCUUCCAUUUACUUACGGAUACCUGCUGGCGAAGCUGUGCCCGGUCCCCUCCCUCUUGGGGUCUCAGUGAUUGAUGCCUCCGUGGCUCUUUUUGGUGUUGUGUUUCCACAUGUUUCUUAUAAACACAGGUUACAAAUGCUGGAUCACUUUGCUGAGUGUGUGAAGCAAGCCAAAGGUGUCCGCCAGCAGGCCGUGCAGCUCAACAUAUUCACUGCUGUCCUUAGUGCACUGAAGGGUUUAGCUGAAAACAAGAGUACUUUGGGACCUGAGGAAGUCCGUAAAUCUGCUCUGACUCUGGUGAUGGGCGCUCUUGACAACCCGAACCCCAUCUUGCGGUGCGCAGCAGGGGAAGCGCUUGGAAGGAUGGCUCAGGUGGUGGGGGAGGCGUCUUUUAUCGCUCGAAUGGCCCAGUACAGCUUUGACAAAACGACAGCUGUAAAUACUGUCCUGAAACUGUUAUGUUCACAGGUUCACCUAUGCAGCUCCCACCUGUUACUUCGAAGAGCAGCUGUGGCCUGUCUCCGGCAGCUUGCACAGAGAGAAGCCGCAGAAGUGUGUGAAUAUGCCAUGAGCCUGGCGAAGAAUGCCGGGGACAAAGAGAGUGGCGGUGCCAAUGUCAGUCCUUUCGUACCUGGAGUUAGUCAUCGAGGUGAUAUCCAUUGCCGGCACCAGGGCGUUAAUAUAACCGACACAGGGCUUGAAGGGCUUCUGUUUGGGAUGCUAGAUCGAGAGACAGACCGGAAACUGUGCUCUGAUAUUCAUGACACCUUGGGACACAUGCUGUCUUCACUGGCAGUUGAAAAGCUUUCCCACUGGCUAAUGCUUUGUAAAGAUGUCUUGGCAGCUUCCAGUGAUAUGAGUACGGCAACACUCUUAAGCAGUGGAAAAGACGAAGAAUCUGAAAAGAAAGAUGAGAUGGAUGACGAUACCAUGUUCACUACCCUGGGCGAGGAAGACAAAUCAAAGCCCUUUGUGGCUCCCCGCUGGGCCACACGGGUGUUUGCUGCGGACUGCUUGUGCCGCAUCAUCAACCUGUGUGAGAAUGCGGACCAGGCUCACUUCGACCUUGCCAUGGCGCGUUCUGCUAAACUGCGGAACCCUAAGAAUGACCUCUUAGUCCUGCAUCUCUCUGACCUGAUUCGCAUGGCAUUCAUGGCUGCAACUGACCAUAGCAACCAGCUGCGAAUGGCUGGGCUCCAGGCACUUGAAGACAUUAUCAAGAAGUUCGCUUCUGUGCCUGAGCCAGAAUUUCCAGGUCACGUGAUCCUGGAGCAGUAUCAAGCUAAUGUGGGAGCUGCCCUAAGACCAGCCUUUUCACAGGAUACACCCUCAGAUAUAAUAGCAAAAGCUUGCCAGGUGUGCAGCACGUGGAUCGGCAGUGGCGUGGUCAGCGACCUCAAUGAUCUCCGUCGGGUGCACAACCUGCUCGUGUCCUCUCUGGACAAAGUUCAGGCUGGAAAGGGAUCUUCCAGCCAACUGUACCGAGAGAGUGCCACCACCAUGGAGAAGCUGGCCGUCCUCAAGGCAUGGGCAGAGGUAUAUGUGGUUGCUAUGAAUAUUAAAAAGGAAGCAGAGUCCAAACCAAAGAGAGCAAUUAAAAACCCUGAUGAUGAUGAUGACGACUAUGGUACCAUGGAUGAACUGCCGCCAGAUAGUUUGAUAACCCUGGUGCAGCCUGAGCUGCCGACACUCAGCCGCCUGUGGCUGGCCGCGCUGAGGGACUACGCGCUGUUGACUUUACCAGCCGAGUUUUCUAGUCAGCUGCCCCCAGAUGGUGGGGCAUUUUAUACUCCCGAGACCAUCGAUACAGCGAGACUUCACUACCGGAACUCCUGGGCCCCGAUUCUCCAUGCAGUGGCCCUGUGGUUGAACAGCACAGGAUUUACAUGUCCAGAGUCCACCGAAGCAGCAGCCAUGUCUGGUGUACAGAAACGCUCCCCAGCUGUCACUUUAAACCAGGUGCCCGGAGCAAUGGCUAGUGCUAAACCCUUGCCAGAAGUGAACAAAGACAGAAUGCACCUAAUCCUAGGUGUGAGUAUACAGUUCCUUUGUUCCCCUCGGCCCGAGGAGCCCAUUGAACAUGUUACAGCAUGCCUGCAGGCCUUACACACCUUACUGGGUUCUCCUUAUGCACGAAUCCACAUUGCAGAAGAUCAGCUAAUUGGUGUUGAGUUGCUAAGUGUCCUGCACCGCCUACUGCUGACCUGGAACCCACCCUCCAUCCAGCUGCUGGUCACUGGGGUUGUGCAGCAGAUUGUCAGAGCUGCUCAGGAUUAUUUACAGGAGAAGAGAAGCACCCUAAAUGAAGAGGACAUGGAAAAAGAGUCCUGUCCCACACUAGGAGAAGGAGGUGACAGUGGUGGCCUCAUCCCUGGAAAGUCUCUUGUGUUUUCAACCAUGGAGCUGUUGAUGUUCAUUUUAGUGCGGCAUAUGCCACACCUGAGUACUAAGAUGUCGGACUCUCCAAGUCACGUGGCCACGAAAACUCGCCUGUCAGAAGAAAGCGCUCGUUUGGUGGCGGCCACGGUGGCCAUUCUGUCCGACUUGCCAUCCCUCUGCUCACCAGCUGGCUGUAUGACUAUCCUGCCCACAAUUCUGUUCUUAAUUGCAAGAAUAUUAAAAGACACAGCAAUAAAGUCUGCAGACAAUCAGGUUCCUCCUCCAGUCAGCGCAGCUCUGCAGGGGAUAAAAAGCAUCGUGACACUUCCGAUGGCUAAAACCGAGGAAACUCAGAAACAGUGGACGGCUCUGAUCCGGAGCACCCUUGCCUGCAUCCUGGAGUAUUCGCAACCAGAUGAUUCUACGCCUGCGCCCGAUGAAGUAAGCACAUUGACAGCCAUAGCGCUCUUCCUGUGGUCUGCCAGCACUGAGAUAAUAGGAGUGCAGUCCCUGCAGAACGGCUGCAUGAACAGAUUUAAAAGUGCGCUGAACUCAUGUGACCCGUGGGUUCAAGCCAAAUGCUACCAGCUUCUCCUCUCCGUCUUCCAGCAUUCCAAUCGUGCCCUUUCAACUCCCUACAUCCAUUCAUUAGCCCCACUAGUGGUUGAAAAGCUAAAGGCUGUCGAAAGAAACAGACCAGCCAGUAAUACAGAACUUUUGGCUGUCCAAGAAGGAAUUAAAGUUCUUGAAACAUUGGUUGCUCUUGGAGAAGAACAGAACAGAGUCCAGUUACUCGCUCUUUUAGUGCCCACUUUGAUCUCUUACCUGAUGGAUGAAAAUUCUUUUGCCUCAGCAAGUUCCGUCUCCAAAGAUCUUCAUGAGUUCGCACUCCAGAACUUAAUGCACAUCGGACCUCUGUACCCACAUGCUUUCAAGACGGUAAUGGGGGCCGCUCCCGAACUGAAAGUGCGCCUAGAAACUGCUGUUCGAGCAAGCCAAGCCAGCAAGGCCAAGGCAGCCGCCAGGCAGCCGGCCCCUGCCACACAUUCCGCACCGACAAUUAAGCUAAAAACAAGCUUUUUUUAGUGUGUUCUCCCAGUCAUUUUUUUUGUAUUUAUAUUUUAGAUAGUGAGUGACAACCUCUGCAUCAUUCCAGACUAUGGAUUGUUUUAUUUGUAUAUUGGAAUUAUAAUGCUUUGAAGUUGGUUGAGUGAAAUAGUGUUCACACCUCUUACUGAUUUUUAAAGAUUAUGUGGUAAAUAUAUUUCCAUUUUUAUCCUAA